ACAAAACCACAAUACAGACGGAAGUGACGAUCUAUUUGAAAACGUCACAUCUUCUUGCCCAACAUGGCGACGAGAAAACGUGGACGCCUAGCUGGGUCGUCUAAAGUGCAACACCACGAGGCGGCUAUGAAGACGUUUGGUGUAGAGUUCCACUCCAGUGAUGACGAGGCGCCAGAGGAGAUGACAUUUGAGGACUCAAGAGCUGAGGCGCUACGGAGUGCCAAACAGGCGCUGGAAAUUGCCAGAAGGGAGAAGGAACUGCUCAGGGAAAAGAGGAAGAAGAGACAGGAACUGUUCAAGGAGCAGAAGAAGAGAAAACUGCUUUCUGUUAAAGUUUUAGAGAGUGACUCUGCACGAAAGAGCACAUCUGAAGAUGAAGGCCCAGAUGUUCCUGUGGCAUUUCAAGAUGAAGAGCACCACAAAGACAAAAAAGAUAAGAAAAUGACCAAGCAGCGAAAUGAGCAAAAACUGGGCCGCUGUCGAAACUUGGAAGGAAACUGCAAUGUGAUGACAGUCAAGCCCAGAGAGUUGGUGUCCUUCCAGCAGAAGACAGCUGAAGACUUCAUCCAGUCACGACUGUACGGACCAGGAAGUCGCCGUACCACAAGCAACCAGCUGCUGUCCCUUCACAAUAAGAGAGCCACAAACAAAAGUGCAGCGGUUCAAUUUGUCAAGAAAGAAUGGGCGCAAAAGGAAAAAAGCAAAGCAGAGAAGAUGAAGAGGAGGCGGCUCCAAAAGCACAUUCCCUCCAGCUGAUUGGACGCCUGAAAGGACAUGCCUCCUUGCUCCAAGUGUCGUCCACUUGUGGAUACAAAUAUAGCCGCCGCCAUGACAGCCGGUGUUUACAUCUUAAGACCAGCAGGCAAGACUAGACUGUAUGUUGAGCCUGACAUCUGGACCGAGACUAAACAUCUCGCACAGGAAGUGAGCAGCAGCCAAUCACAGCAUUGAGAGAGCCUUGAAGUAUGAGACUGUUGCUAUGGACUGUGGGUCAUUGCAACAUGUCAACCCUGUUCAGAAUAAAGUAUACACAGGUUAUUAUAACUCAGAUGUUCCAUGAUGUGAGAUCCAGAGUAAAGGAUUAUUUGUCAUCUUUAAUAAAAAUCUUGUCACCCUCA